UUACACAACACACUUCCAUACAAAUUCAAGAACACAACUUUCUUCUUUCAAGAAACGUACUCCACUUUUCCAUCUCAUCAAUCAUGUCUCUCCACAGAUUGCUCUUCAAUCCUUUCUUGUUCAUGAUAAUCCUCACAACCACACUGACACUAAACUCGUUACUAAUAGUCGAAUCGUCAUCGAACAAAAAACCAGCUUCCGGCCCGGAAAUCAAUGUAACGAAGUACCUCUCUUUCCCCAAUUUCAGCACCAGUCAAGACAUAACACUCUUGGGCAGUGCGGCAAUCUCGACCGAAAACAACUGCAUUCAAAUCCCGGAAAACAAUCUCCAAUACUCUGCCGGAAGAGCAAUCUAUUCAUCUCCAAUCCGCCUGUUUGACCCUAAAACUCAAACCGCCGCCUCCUUCACCACCACCUUCUCCUUCCAAAUCCAAAACCCGGAAAAUGAUGCCGGCCCCAUUUCCGGUGGCCUCAGUUUCGUCAUCGUACCGGACGAGCUCACGGUUGGUAGGCCCGGCCCGUGGCUAGGGAUGAUGAACGAUGCAUGUGAAGAUGAGUACAAAGUCGUUGCGGUUGAAUUCGAUACUCGAAUGAAUCCAGAAUUUGGUGACCUAAAUGAUAAUCAUGUGGGCAUCAAUCUUGGAAGCAUAGUUUCCACUAAAUCUAUCAAUGUUUCGGAUUUUGGGGUUUAUCUUAAUGAUGGGAAGGUCCAUCGGGCUUGGAUAAUCUACGACGGGCUUAUGAAGCUCUUCGAAAUCUAUAUCGGGCCGGACGGAAUACUCCCUGCUCGAGCGGUAUAUUCCGGUAAUCUUGAUCUUUCGCCUUAUUUGAAUGAGUACAUGUUUGUUGGGUUUUCGGGUUCUACGGGGAAUAAUCACACGGAGGUGCACACCGUAUGUUCGUGGAACUUCACUUCCGUUAGCCGGGCUUCGCUCCGUGUUCCUUCAACGGAGACCUGCGAAAGCAAAAUUAUUGUUGCAAAUGGUGGAAAUAAUAUUCACGUUGUUCCUAGCAAAACACCCACAAGUUUCUACAUUUUUGUGGCUGUGGUUGUACUUGUCUUUAUAAUCAUGAUUAACUUGUAUUUGAACCGCAAGCGAAAGGAUGAGAAUUAUUCCGAUGAAACCGCUUCCUUUACAAAGGAAAAACACAGGCCCGCCCCUCCAAAUUACAGGGCCCGAAAAUUCAAUUUUUCUGAGAUCUCUUCCGCGACACGGGCUUUUGGCGAGUUGCAAGUUUUGGGGAGUGAUACUAGGAGUGUGACAUACAAGGGUACUUUGGUAAAUGGAUGUAAUGUGGCGGUGAAGCGUUUUUACAGCAAGUUCUUCAGUUCGCGUGGAUCGGAGAGGCGGAGAUUGAUCAAGGAAGUCAAAUUGGUUGGCAAGAUUCGUCACCCGAAUAUAGUUCCUAUAAGGGGAUGGUCAUUUGAUCGUCAAGAAACUAUUGUUGUUUACAAUUUUGCCCCUAAUGGAAGUCUUGACAAGUGGUUGUUAGGGUUCGGGGUUUUGCCCUGGACCCGUCGGUUUAAGGUGGUGAAGGACGUGGCGGAGGCGUUGAGCUAUCUCCACUCGAAGGAGUUGGCUCACAAGAAUGUGAAGGCUAGUAGUGUCUUUCUUGAUAUUAGCUUUAGGGCACUUGUGGGUGACUUCGGGUUCGUUUUGUCCUCGAUGGAGUCGACUCGGUUCGAGUCGUUGGUGAGUCAAAAAGUGGAUGUUUUCGAGUUUGGUGUUUUGGUGUUGGAGGUUGUGUCGGGCCGGGCUAGGAGAUCCGGGCCGGGCGAGAUGGAUUUGUUGGAUCUUGCAUGGGCCAUGCAUGUGGGUGGUGAGAAAGGGAAGCUAGUGGAUAGGAGGAUGGGUCCGGUUGUGAACCCGGAUCAGGCGAACCGGGCUUUAGAAGUUGGGCUGAUGUGUACGUUGAAUGAUAAUAAAGGGAGGCCCACCAUGGAGGAAGUGGUGGAGUAUUUGAAUUUUGAGAAACCCGUACCCGAAUUGCCACGUACCCGACCCGUUUCUUUGUUCCCCUACAGCAGCACCACUGGAUUGUGCAGUGGGUACUCUUGUUCGUUCAAAUGAAAGCUGGCCACGUGUCUAUGGUGUUCCACAUGCAAUCGUACUCUACUUUUUAUAUUUCGUUUUUACCCUCCUAGUUAUCAGAUGGUCUUUAAAUAAGGUUAUUACCAAAUAAUGUAAUAUGAUUUAUGUAAAGAAGAAAUUUAGUGGCUUUAUUAGAUAUGUGUUUUUACACGAAAAAUUAAAUGUCACAGCUGGUUAUUUA